AUGCAGCUCUACACGCGCAAGGAGAUCGAGGAGCGGAACCGUGCAGAAAACGCGGCUAUCAUCAUAGACAAUAAUGUGUACGAUGUGUCGAAAUUUCUAGAAGACCACCCGGGCGGCAUCGAGGUGCUGCUAAACAACGCAGGCAAAGACGCCUCGCGGUGUUUCCACGAUGUCGGCCACUCCGAAGACGCCAAGCUGUGGCGCAAGGAGUUCAAGAUCGGCGAAGUAGUCGAAGCUGACCGCUGGGAGGUCAUCAGCAAAACUACCAACAUUACAGAAGACGAAGAUGUUUGGACACUUCGGGGUCUGCUGGACGUGUGGAUGCCGCCGCUGGCUUUCGCAGCCAUAGCUAUUUUCGUAUAUGUGUAUUUGUUU